AGGGUUGUUGCGGGCUCUCCCCCCGAGGCGUCGUCGCUCUCGACAGCCAAUGUUGGUUCGCUGGCCGCACACUUGGAUGCGAGUUUUCAUUCGGAAAAUUCCUAUCCCCACAGAGAGACCGCUGUAGCGAGAGAGAGAGAGAGAAAGAGAAAAAGAGAGAAAAUCAAAGGGAGCAAAAGAGAGAGAGAGAGUGCGAGCGCAUGUUUGUGUGUGUGUGUUUGUGUGCGAACAUGCGCCUUCGGUGCUUGUGACCUAGGAUUUUCCGAAAACAUCAUUGAACACAACGUCGAGCCGGGCAUGCUUGCCUUCUUCUCCCUGAUAUCUCUCUCUCUCUCUCUCUCUCUCUGUGCUCGCAACACAAACACACGCAUCGCUACGGGCACACAAGCAUCAGCUUCCACCUGCCUCCCGCUCCAUGAAUUUGGGGGGGGCUCGCGUGUGGGCGGCCGAUGGUGCGCGAGUGAGAAACCGAUAUCCUAGCCGUGGCCGCCGAAGGCGCCACCAGCCAGCAGCAAGCGAGCAAGCACGCAGCCCGCAUUUCGACUUCGGUGCGCUGUGAGGUACGGACGACGGACACGGUCCUCUGUUGCUCCAGCUUUUGCUAUAUACUACUGCUGUUGCUGCUGCUGCUGCUGCUGCUACUGCUGCUACUACUACUGUUCUUGCUGCUGCUGCUGCUGUUGUGUUGCUGCGAGUUCUUCCCCCCGGGGGUGUCCGCGAGCAGUGGAGUAGUGUGUACCUUUGGCAGGACCUUCUGCACGAGCACUAUACCUUGCCCUUGUGCUGCGUGCCACUUUUUACACGGUAGUUUGUGCCGUUUGUUUUUGGAGGCCGACCCGCUUUUCUCGUUCACCCCCUCGUCACGGGCCUCGUCAUAUAGCUGCAGAACUAUUUGGCACACACGAAACAAAAAAAAAAAGUGUGCUAGUGUGUGCUGCCGUUGCGUGAAAGCGAAAGUCCGAACUCGGGAGUCCUUUUUGUUCGGAACGAAGGUGUAGGAAAAACCGGACUUUGAACUCGGGCCCCAGGACUCUGUUUCGCAGGUCGGUUCGCCGCGAGUGCACGCAAUGUGGUAAUCCCAAGCCUGCCUUGGUGGGGACCCUGGUGCUCGUCAAAAAGUGAGGUUAUGGUGUGGUUUAUACCCAAAAAGUUCCAAUAUUCAAUCCCUUGGAUAUUGAGUGUACAGAAAUUCAGAGAUCCAGAGAGAGAAAGAGAAAAAGAGAAAAGAAGAGAGAGAGAGAGAGAGAGAGAGAGAGAGAGGCACAAUAGCCCACAGCUAUGCUUCGAUCUGCAAAACAGGAUUUUGUUCCUAUCCUUCCGAGCAUCCAGCAAGCCCUUGCCCCACCAGCAGCGCCAGCCAGCGCGGUCCUCGAGUGUCCUAGAUAAAAUAAGCUACCUUUUUUUUAGGGAGGAAGGAUUCGAGAUACACUUGGUGCAUGUAGCUGUGUUGUGUGUGUGUGUGUGUCCAUUGGAGGGGUUUUUUUUAUUGUUGUUGCAUGUGCGUCCCGAAGGUGGACUCAGAGGCAAUCAGAUAAAGGUGGGCUAAGUGUAUUACAUCAAAACUCGAGCACAUCGUCGCCGUCGUCGUCGUCGUCGGGGUUAUCAUCAUAGUCAGCUCGAGUGGGCAACCGCCGCGCUUAGUUACAGCCGUGACGUGAAGUGUGCGAGUCUGUGUGUGUGUGUGUGUAUGUGUGUGUGCGCGCGCUAGUAGAGUGGCUAUACUCCAGGAGUGCGCGCUCGGUAUCCCUGGCGACACCGAGGUGGCAGAAGCCCGCCCGCCUCCUCGCCUCGCGUCUUUAUCUAGGUUCUUUCUUCUCUCCUUCCAGGUUACACAGCGUAUAGAGUAGGCUGCACCUAAUUUGUGAUAUCCCCAGUAACCAGUGGGCUUAGUGUUCGGGGUUCCGGUCUUUGGGGUGAGGUCGAAGAAACCAGAGCGCAAGAGAGGACAGGUGGAAAAGUCCAAUCAUCGAUUUGGUGGAAUUCGUGGAAAACCCGCUGGGUUCCGGUCCUGCGGGAGGUUCCGGUGUUCGCGACCGGUGGGGUGGGAGUAGGUAGGAAGCUUGAUCAUAGUGUAUGCUCCACUGGCGUGGUGGAAGCGCAUGGUGUGGCGUUAGUGAUGUAGAGAAACGUUCAUUCUUGACGGCACACGAUUCCCCAGCAUACUGUGUGUGAUCGCCCACAUCGUCGUGCCGUGAUUGUGCUGCGAACGUGCGUACUAGCGCCCCUGUGUGUGUGUGUGUGUGUCUGUGUGUUUCUGUGUAUGUGCGGAACGAAGGAAAGAGAAGGCAGCAAAGCACACCACCCACAGCAGGAUACUAGCGCACGAACGGCCGUAAAUACCUUGGCUUGGUUCCACUGUGUUUUCUUUUUCUGCAGAUCCAGCACAUUUUCCCAGCACCGAGAGCGAUGGCACAACGGGUGCUACCACUACCGUGUGUCCUUGCUCGCGUGAAUGUGUGUAUGUCGGCUGCUGCUGCUGCUACUGCUGCUGGUGCUGUGU